AUGCCGUUCAAGUCAUCCGCAUCGGCAGACGGCCCCGUUUGCUGCCUGUGCGGCGGUAACAGGCACGGCGAGCCGCCUCCUGACGUAGUCCGACGAAUCACGUAUCACGACAGAUCUUCCCGCCCAAGAGAGUCAUCGAGUGCAACGGGAGCUUCCCGAAUUCCGAUUUCGGGAAAAGCGCGGAGCGGUGGAGACCGCGGACGCGCGGAAGGGCGGGGCGAGCAGGAGGAUGGCGGAGGAAGCGGCGGAAAGGGGGCAGCUAAGGGAGCGGGGAGGGACCACGCGGCGGAGGGGGAGAUGCGCGAGAUGCGGUGGCCGCCAAUGCGGCCGGAUCCGCACUUCGCGGACGUGCGCGCGUGGCUGGGUCCGCUGCUGGGGCCGGUGGCAGAGAGGAGCGGCGCUGCUGGCGCGUGGGUGCACCGCGAAUGCGCCAUCUGGAGCCCCGAGGUGUUUUUCUGUGCGGCGAAUCAGCUGAAGAAUGUGCCUGCUGCGGUGCGGCGGGGACGGCUGCUCAAGUGCAGCCGGUGCGGCCGCAGCGGGGCCAACAUCGGGUGCCGAGAGGAGCGGUGCCCACACACGUACCACCUGCCCUGUGCGCGCUACGACGACUGUUUUUUCGACCACACCGAUUUCCUCAUCUCCUGCCCGCUCCACACUCGCUCCCUCAUGCUCCGCCGCCACGGCUCCCACCUGCCCGAGUUCAACGCCUUUUUCGGGCAACCCGCGGGCAGGCUGUCCGGGCAGAUGGUGGAACUUUUGUCAGCUGCCCGCGCAGCUGCCCGGAAGGACGAGGAGGCAGAGGCACAGUGGGAGGAGGGGAUGGGGAGUGAGGAAGAUGAUGAGGAUGAGGAGUUUCAGGCAAAGGAGAGGAGGAGGAGAGUGAGGGACCUGGCUAGGGUUGAGCCGGUUCGGCUUGGGGGAGGGGUGACGUGGCGUGCGGCUGCCAGCUGUGCUGCCAUGUCACUGGCCACGUCAGCCGGUGGUGCUCGUUAUCCAGUGACUGGGCUUGAGAGGCUGGCUGGGGUUGAACCAGGGGGAGAGGGGAGGGGGGGCGGAGGGGGAGGGGGAAGGGGGGCCGGAGGGGGAGGGCUGAGAGGGGACGGAGGGGGAGCAGGGAGAGAAGCAGAAGGGGGAGAGAGGGAAGGAAUUCGCGCCAAAAAUCCAAUUCAAACUGACAGUGUCUUGGAAAACGUUGACUGUGACAAAGCUGAGUGUGACAAUGUCGAGUGUGAGACUGGGAGUAAGCCACUGGGGGAACAGUCACAGAGAGCAGCGCACAGCAUGUUAAAUCCAGUGGCAAUGCCUGGCAGUGGCGGUGAUGGUGGUGGCGCUGACGUGGCAGCGUCUGGUUGGGUGAUGGUGCGGUUUGGGGGGGCGGAAGCAAGGGGGGUGGGGGGAGGGGAGGGGGAAGCGGGGGAUGAAUUGGCGGCUGUGAUUGGCCCUGAGACUCCGCUGGAGGUGCUGUUGGGGGCAAGGGGGGUUGGGGAAGUUGGAGUGAGGAAGGGAGAGAGGAAGAAGGUGGGUGGGGCAACAGAACGGGAAAUUGGGGGUGAUGGGGAGGUGGCAGCAAAGCGGGCGAGGAAUACACCAGAUUCAGAGGUGCUGGUUGGAGGGGCAAGGGACACUCCAGGAGCAGCAAUAGGAGCUGCUUCUGAGAUUCGCCAAAAGCAGGCACGGGUGACACCAGAGCCUGAGGUGCUGGUUGGAAGGAAAAGGGACACUCCAGAAGCAGCAAUAGGAGCUGCUUUUGAGAUUUGUCAGGAGCAGGCACGGGUUACAGCAGAGCCUGAGGUGCUGGUUGGAAGGAAAAGGGACGCCCCAGAAGCAGUGGAAGCUGGGGGGGAUGGUUUUGGCGGCCUACGCCCAGUCAUCCGCUCUCUCACAGAGCUCGUCCUCCUCCCCCUGCGCUACCCCUCCCUCUUCCCAUCCCUCGGCAUCACACCCCCCCGCGGGGUGCUCUUGCACGGGCUGCCCGGGACAGGGAAGACCCUGGUGGUGCGGGCGUUGGCAGGGGCGUGUGUGAGGGGGGAGCGAGAGGUGGCGUUUUUCGCGCGGCAUGGUGCGGAUUGCCUCGGGAAAUACGUGGGGGAUGCGGAGAAGCAUCUACGGCUGUUGUUUGAAGUGGCGAAGCAACAUCAGCCGUCGAUUAUCUUCUUUGAUGAGCUCGAUGGGCUUGCGCCGGCUAGGGGGCCGAAUCAGGACCCCACUCAUAGCUCUGUGGUGGCAACGCUUUUGGCGCUUCUAGAUGGGUUUGAUUCAAGGGGUGCGGUUACCGUUAUUGCGGCCACCAAUAGGAUUGAUGCCAUUGAUCCUGCCCUGCGUCGACCGCGAGAUUUUCUUUCCGCUGCCCGGGGAGAGGAGACGAGAGGGCAGGGGAUGAGGAGGAGUGGGCGGUGGGAGAUGCUUGGAUGGGUGGAGAGAGGAAAAGGCAGAGGCACGCAGGGCAAGGAGGAUGAGGAUAUGGAGGACGGGGGAGAGGGAGUCGGAGAGGGGAAGGUGGAGGGGGAGGUUAGGAAAGGGGAGGAGAGAGAGGAAGUGAGGGAGAUUGAUGAAGGGGAGGAUGGAGAGGAAGGGGAGGAAAGGGAGGAAGAGGAGGAUGAGGAGGAAGAGGGCAGUGGUUUUCCAUUUGGGCGGUGGCAGUGGGAGCAGCAAGAAGGGGGGACAAAGCAGGGGCAGGGACAGGGGCAGGAACAGCUGAGACAGGGGCAGGGGCAGGGGCAGGGGCAGGGGCAGAGGGUGGUGAUAUGUGGGAGGGGCGAGCAGGGGCAGAGGGUGGUGAUAUGUGGGAGGGGCGAGCAGGGGCAGAGGGUGGUGAUAUGUGGGAGGGGCGAGCAGGGGCAGAGGGUGGUGAUAUGUGGGAGGGGCGAGCAGGGGCAGAGGGUGGUGAUAUGUGGGAGGGGCGAGCAGGGGCAGUCGCAUGUGGGUGCAAUAGCAGCCAAGCUGCUCAGCCCCGGAGGUACACAGUCAUUUGCAGAGGCGUGCAGAGCGGUGCAGCUGGAUAGGAAGGGGUUCCUGAGUGGAGAGCGGUGCAGAGGGGUUAGGAAGGAGAGGGUGGGGUGUGGGAGGAGGGGAGGAGGAGAGGGGGCGGUGGUGGUGGUGGAUGUGCCGGCUAUGGUGCUGCUGGGGCAUGGAGACAUGGCUGCCGGCAUGCGCGCACUCAUAGGGGGCGGUGGUGGUGGUGGAUGUACCGGCUAUGGUGCUGCUGGGUCAUGGAGACAUGGCUGCCGGCAUGCGCGCACUGCGUUGGAGGGCUUGAGGUGGGUUCGGUCCUCUGUCCAUUCCUCUGUCCAUCCCUCUUUCCAUCCCUGUUUCCAUCCCUCUUUCCAUCCCUCGUUCCAUCCCUCUUUCCAUCCCUCGUUCCAUCCCUCUUUCCAUCCCUCGUUCCAUCCCUCUUUCCAUCCCUCGUUCCAUCCCUCUUUCCAUCCCUCGUUCCAUCCCUCUUUCCAUCCCUCGUUCCAUCCCUCUUUCCAUCCCUCGUUCCAUCCCUCUUUCCAUCCCUCGUUCCAUCCCUCUUUCCAUCCCUCGUUCCAUCCCUCUUUCCAUCCCUCUUUCCAUCUCUCUCUCCAUCCCUCUGUGCCUCCCCAAGCAAGAUCAAUGGCGCCGUGUGUGCUGCUGCUGCCACGUGUCAACACGUGGGUGGUGGAGGGGUGGAAGGAUGGGAGAGGCAUGGGACUGGAUGAGGAGGGGGAGGAUGAGGAGGAGGAGGGAGGUGUGGAGGGGGAGAGGUUGGAGGAAGAGGAAGGAGGAGGGGAGGAGAGUGAGGAAGGGGAGAGCGAGGGGAGCCGGGAAGAAAAUGGGAUAGGGGACGAGGAGGAAAGAGGAUGGGAGGAUGAGGAAGGAGGGGCAGAGGAAGAGGGGGAGGGAAGGGAAGGCAGGGUAUCAGGCGAGUGGGCAUCAUUCGAGCAGCUGAUGGCAGUGGUGGAGUGUCAGUUGUCAUCCUCUGCUGCUCUGCUACUGCACUCCUUUCGUGCCACUGCUGCCAGCAUUCACGUUGUGCAUUCACGUGGUGGUGAGUCCAGCCGUGACAAUACCAUGGCAUCAAGGGGGGUGAGAGGUGGGGUAUCAGGAAAUUGGGCGUCGUUCGAGCAGCUAAUGGCCAUGGUGGAGUCUCAGUUGUCAUCCUCUGCUGCUCUGCUGCACUCUUCCCGUGCCACCGUGGCCUGCAUUCAUGUGGUGGCAACCUCAGAGGUGCCUCUUUCUGCCCUCCCUUUACCGUCCCUCGCCUCAUCACUCCCCACGUCCCUCCCCUCCUCCCUCAACCAAACCAUCUCCUCUAACCGGCCUUGGGGCAAAGGCGAGUGGACAGAGCUUGGUGAAUUGGCAGGGGAGGAGGAGGAGGAGGAGGAGGAGGAGGAGGAGGAGGAGGAGGAGGAGGAGGAGGAGGAGGAGGAGGAGGAGGAGGAGGAGGAGGAGGGAGGAGGAGGAGGAGGAGGAGGAGGAGGAGGAGGAGGAGGAGGAGGAGGAGGAGGAGGAGGAGGAGGAGGAGGAGGAGGAGGAGGAGGAGGGGCAGGAGUGGAACGAGAAGCAGGAGAUGGGGGGAAUGUUGGGGGAGAGAGGGAUGAAGGGGUGGGGGCAAGUGGUGUGUGUGGGAAGGCAUGUUGUGGGGGUGACAAGAAGGAAGAGGAGGGGGAGGAGGAGGGAGGAGGAGGCGGAGGAGGAGGAGGAGGGAGGAGGAGGGAGGAAGGGGAUUUUAAGGCAUGCAUUGAUGGGGAUGGGAGGGCUCAGCAGGAAAAUCAGAUUGCAGCAGGCGGGACAGGUGGCGCGCUCUCAUUGGCCGGGAGGUGGAGGGCGGCAGUGGGCAUGGCUGCUCGGCAGCUGGCGUGGGAAGUGUGGGAAGCGGUGGAACGUGGUGCUGAGGAAGAGGGGUGGGCCGGUGGGAGGGGUUUGGGGAGUAAGGGGAAGAGGACGGAGGGGAAUGGGGAAGGAGGACGGUGGGAAGAGGAGGGAAGGAGAGCUGGGAAGAGAAGGAGAGUGGAAGGAAGGGGUAGAGAUGGGGUGGGUGAUGAUGGGAAUGGGAUGAGAGGGAGGGAGGCAGAGGGGCAAAUUAACAUUCCUGAGGAGGAGCAGCGGGAGCAGCAGGGGAAGCAGCAAGCUCAACCACAGCAGCAGCAGGGGGAGGGCUGUGAGCAGCAGCAGCACGCACAGGCUGUGUGGCGAACAGAGGCAGAGCGGCGGCUGCUGGGAGGGCUGGCCUGUCCCAGAAGCGGCAGUCUCAGAAGUGGUGGUUUUCCUGUGGCAGGCAGUAUUGGUGGUCAUCGUCACUCGUUAGGCGGUCAAAGAAAAGGAGAGGGAGGAAGAAAGAGAGGAGGCGAGGGAGGAGGAAGACGAGGAGGGGAAGGAGGAAGACAAAGAGGAGGGGAAUUGGGAAGAGGAGGAGAGGCUCGGGGAUUAGCAGCGGUAGCAAUGAGGCUGGUGCAUGGGGUGGUGCGUAGUCCAGGGGAGUUGCACCAGCAGAUACAGAGGGUGUGCGGCCUGGCUCUAGAGGCUGUGAGGCGUGAUGUUGCCAGAGUGGCACAUUGGGGCGUUGGCUUUGAGUCGACUCAAAACACACCUGGAUCCGUCGGGCACCAACACUAUCACACCCCCGGGCACUAUCAGACCCCCGGGCACCAUCAGCGGUGGAGUGUGGAGCAUGUGUGGGCGUUGCAGCGGGCGUGUCGCAUGGAGCAGCAAGUGAGAGCGCUACAAGACACAGUGGCAGCAUGGGUGCACCUCAUGGCUCCCCUGCUCGCUGCUGCUGCUGCCUCCACUGCCCACCUGCCUCCUCCUCCUCCUCCUCCUCCUCCUCCUCCCCUUCCCUUCUUCCCGCGCGCUGGUGAGCCUCGUGUGUCGCACCGGCCCCCUGUCGCGUCAGAGAGAUCGCACGCCCGGCGAUUCUCGUGCUCGUACCAGCACAGGCAGGAGUGGAAGCAUAAGCAGCACACGUACUCUCCUGUGCCCGUUGCUGCUGCUGGCGCAGCUGCUGCUGUGGCAGCCGAUCGACCCUCUGCUUUCCCCUCACCCUUCCUCGCCUUCCCAUCCCCCUCUGCACCUAGCCUCCUUCCCAACGCCUCACCCCCUUCCGCCAUUCCUCCCUCUUCAGCUCUCUCCAGCCCAGCUCUCCUUCUCCCUCCUGUGUCCACACCUGGCAACUACCCCCUCGUUCUCGCUCUCCCUGCGCCGUUUCCUCUGCCCUUCCCUCCCUCCUCAGAAUCCCUCUCUCCCCCGCCCGUCUCCACGCCCCAACCUUUCUCCACACCUCCACCCUUCUAUGAACCAGCACCCAUCUCCACACCCCACAGGGAGAACGAUGGGCUUGGUGGGAGUGGGGGAGAAGGGAGAGAAAGGAAGGAAAAGGGAGAAGGGAGAGAAGUGAGAGAAAUGGGUGAAAGGAGAGAUGGGAAUGAAGAGGGGGCGAGAGAUGGGAGAGAUGAGAGAGAAGGGAGAGAAUGGGGAGAAGGGAGAGAAGGGAUCAAAGGGAGAGACGGGAGAGAAGAAGGAGGAGUUGGGAUUGGUGGUGCUGGGUCGAGGCGAGGAGGAGGGGCAGGGGAAUUAAGUGGAGAGGGAGGAGGAGAGAGUGGAGAGAGAGGAGGAGAGAGUGGAGAGAGAGGAGGAGAGAGUGGAGAGAGAGGAGGAGAGAGUGGAGAGAGAGGAGGAGAGAGUGGUAGAGCAGUGGCUGUUUAUCCAGAGGGAGGAGGAGAGGUGGUACUUGAGUCCACCCACCAGUCGGCAGCAGUGGCGUUUGAUUCAAGACAGCAGUCAGCAAUGAAUGCAGCAGCAGGUGCUGCCGCAACUCACUGCACCGAGGAGUUAAGUUCUGAGGCGCUUCAGAAGGAGGAGGGGGGAGGUGGUGUUGCAGGCAGAGGUGCUGAAAGGGGAGAUGACGCAGCGAGAGGGAGCAGGGAGAGUGAGGAUGAAGACGGGGAUGGGGAUGAGGAUAGGAAUGGGGACCGGACAGGCACAGGCAAUGAAGGGCGAUGUGGGCGUGCAGAUGCAGCGGAUGACAGCCAUGCGGAGAGAGAAGAGAGGGAGCAGGAGGCGAAGGAGGAGGAUAAAGAGGGGGAUGAGAAGACACGUGAAGCAGGCAAGCGGCAGGCGAAGGAAAACGAGGAGGGGGAUGAGGAUGCGGAGGGCAUGAGGGAGCAGGAGGGGGGGGUGGCUGGAAGAGCAGAGCAAGAGACAAGGGGCGAAGGGGAUGGCCGGACGGUGGGUAAAGGCAGUGGUGGGGACGACAGUGAGGGUGUCCCUCCUCAUCGCAGUGGGGAUCGCAUGGGUGCUGACACUCACACACCUCUCAACCGCAAGGCACCCUCCAGCACCGCUCCGUCCCGCUGCCCUGUCCGCCCCCCACCGGCGUGCUUCCACUUGCUCGAAGCAGCUCUCGAGCUCUGCCUCUCCCGCCUGCUGCUGCUACACCCCACUCUCCCCACACAUAGCCCCCUGCUGCAGCACCAGCAGCAGCGCCACCAUCAGGAGCAGCAGCAGCAGCAGCAGCAGCAGCACCCUUUGUACAGUCACACACUCACAGACACUGAUUCUCACACAUGCAGUCAUCAUCAAGCCCUCCUGUCCAUGUCAUGCGGCAGCGCAACUGUGCCAAUCACGUGCGGCCAGCUGGAGCGAGCAGUGCGCCAGCUGGCGAGCAUGGCCACAGCUGCUGUGAGUCGGGUGCGAUGCAGUCAUACCUCGUUUGCUGCCGCUGACGCUGCUGCUGAUGCUGCUGCUCGUGGUGGUGCUGCUGUGUCCGCUGCUGUUGCUGCUGCUAAUGGCGGUGAUGGUGGUGGUGCUGGUGGUGGUGCUGGUGGUGCUGCGUCUGGUCCUGCUACAGUUCCAUGUGUGCAUGGAUGUGAUGAGGGUGGGCUGUGCUUGAAGCACGUAGCACAUGCCAUACAGCAGCGCAUGGUGUUUCUAAUGCCAGCAUUACACAAUGCGGCAGAAACUGAGGAUGCUAUUGAAGCUGAUGGUAGUGAUGGCUCAUGA